AUGAGCAACCACGAUGAUGAAAAGGGCCUAGAGGUCACCCUCGCGCCAGACGAGCAACCUAUCCACGCGUCACGUCCCAAAUGCUUCAGCUCUACUUUCCAAGAGUACCUAUUCGUUCUGACAGCGACCAUGGCUAUUGGACAGCAGUCUUUUUUCCAGGGAUGUAUCGUGGGCGUGACGGCGAGUAUAGGAAAGGAUUUGAAGAUGAAUUCUGCCGAGAUUACAUGGAUCAAUGCAGGUGCUUCUCUGAGUAGCGGCGCUUUUCUCUUGACCUUUGGCAAAUUGGCUGAUAUGUUCGGCCGCAAAAGUCUCUUCAUCAUCGGCAUGGCUGGAUUCACCAUCUCGCUGUUGAUUGCGGGCUUUGCGACGAAUGCCAUCUAUAUGGAUGUUUUCUCCGGUAUUCUGGGCAUUUUCGCCGCGGCUGUGGUUCCGCCGGCGGUGGGAACUCUCGGUGCGGUGUAUGAAAGGCCCUCGAAGCGGAAGAAUCGUGCCUUUGCGUGCUUCAGUGCUGGGAAUCCGCUUGGAUUUGUGGGUGGCAUGAUUAUCUCGGGCGUUGCGUCGCAUGAGUAUAACUGGCGGGCGUCCUUUUGGGCGUUGGCUGUGGUUUAUGCGAUCUUUACGGUGUUGACGGUUUGGACUGUGCCGGCGGAUGGGUUUUCGAGGACAAAGGUGAGUAUGGAUGCGCUGAGGAGCUUUGAUUUGCUGGGGACUGCGUUGGUCAUCGUUGGGUUUGCCUUCUUUUCCAGUUCGCUCUCAUUAGCAGGAGAUGCUCCCGACGGCUGGCGCACUGGUUAUGUCCUGGCCUUGUUCAUUGUUGGAUUUUUCCUUCUGUGUGGGUUUUUGUACUGGCAAUCAGUCGCCAAAAACCCUCUGAUGCCACUAUGGGUAUGGAAAGAUCGCAACUUUUCCCUUCUCAUGGCAGCAUUCUGUCUCGGCUUUAUGGGCUUCUCUGCCGUCACCUUCUAUCUCUCACUCUAUCUGCAAGAGGUGAAGCAUCUCACGGCUCUCGAUAUCACUGUUCGGCUUCUCCCAAUGGUCGUCAGUGGUGUGCUGGUCAAUGUAGUUUGUGGACUUGUUUUGCACCGCGUCAGCAACAAGCUCUUGACUGGUAUCGGCGCCCUGGCAUACACAACCUCCUUCUUGAUUCUCAGUUUCAUGAAAGAAGACGCCAUCUACUGGGCAUACAUCUUCCCAGCUCUCGUCCUUGUCGUCGUUGGCGCUGACAUCCAGUUCAAUGUCACCAAUAUGUAUGUCAUGUCUUCGCUACCUCCUGCGCAGCAGUCGAUUGCCGGGGGUAUCUUCAAUACUGUGUCCAAGCUUUGCAACAAUCUCGGGCUUGGUAUUGCUACUUCGGUGAACAGUGCUGUUGCGAAUCAGAUGACGGCCUCGACUCCGGUCAUUAGGCCCUAUUUGGCCGUUUACUGGUAUGCGUCGGCAGCAGCUGGUCUUUCGCUUUUCGUGGUGCCGUUCUUAACGCUGGGGACUCAGGGUGGUUCGCCUGAGGAGCCGGAUCAUUCUGUGACUGGGAGUGAUGGAGAUGAGAAGAGACAUAUCGUGGAUGAUUUGACUCCCGAAGCAAGAGUCGGAAAUGCUCCUAUGGAGAUUCUCGAAAAGAAAUAA